CUCACAGUGCACUGCAUGGUCAUCCUGCUGAACUGCGCUCACCACGUCACCCAGAGAUUGCAGAAGACCUUUGUGAACUACGGAGAGGCCAUGAUGUACAGCCUGGAAUCCUGUCCCAGCCCGUGGCUUAGGACCCACUCCAUGUGGGGAAGGUACACAGUCAGCUUUAUGUUAAUUGUCACACAGCUGGGCUUCUGCAGCGUUUAUUUUAUGUUCAUGGCAGACAAUUUACAACAGAUUGUGGAGGAAGCUCGCACCACCUCCAACACAUGCCAGCCCAGACAGAUCCUGGUGCUGGGCCCCAUCCUGGACAUUCGCUUCUACAUGCUGUCCAUCCUGCCUUUCCUGGUGCUGAUGGUGCUCAUUCAGAACCUCAGGGUGCUGUCCAUCUUCUCCACGCUGGCCAGCGUCACCACCCUGGGAAGCAUGGCUCUGAUCUUUGAGUAUAUCAUCCAGGGGAUCCCCCAUCCUGGGAACCUACCGCUGGUGGCCAACUGGAAGACCUUCUUGCUAUUCUUCGGGGCAGCCAUCUUUGCCUUUGAAGGCGUGGGCAUGGUUCUACCUCUCAAAAACCAGAUGAAGAACCCACAGAAGUUUUCCUUCGUUCUCUACCUGGGGAUGUCCCUUGUCAUCUCCCUCUACAUCUGCCUGGGGACACUAGGCUAUAUGAAGUUUGGGUCGGACACAAGGGCCAGCAUCACCCUCAACUUACCCAACUGCUGGCUCUACCAGUCGGUGAAGCUGAUGUACUCCGUGGGGAUAUUCUUUACCUACGUGCUGCAGUUUCACGUUCCAGCCGAGAUCAUCAUCCCCUUCGCCCUGUCCCACGUGUCCGAGAGCUGGGCGCUGUUCGUAGACCUGACGGUCCGCACCGCUCUGGUGUGCCUCACCUGCGUGCUGGCCGUGCUCAUCCCCCGGCUGGACCUGGUCAUCUCUCUGGUGGGCUCGGUGAGCAGCAGCGCCCUGGCCCUCAUCAUCCCCCCGCUGCUGGAGAUCACCACCUUCUACUCCGAGGACAUCAGCUUUGUCACCAUUGCCAAGGACGUCCUGAUCAGCAUCCUGGGCCUGUUAGGGUGUAUAUUUGGGACCUACCAAGCCCUCUACGAGCUGACCCAACACAACUUCUAUUCCAGAGUCAACUUUACCGGUGGCAUCCACGUAUAA